AUGACUUAUCUUGUAUCUUUACUAUUAAUUGCUUUAAUCAUUGGGUUAGUUGCUGUGGCUUCUAAUCCUGCACCUUAUUUUGCUGCUUUGGGUUUAGUUGUAGCAGCUGGGGUGGGGUGUGGAGUACUUAUUGGACAUGGGGGAUCUUUUUUAUCCCUAGUUCUUUUCUUAAUUUAUUUAGGUGGUAUACUCGUAGUAUUUGCUUAUUCAGCAGCUUUGGCUGCUGAACCUUUUCCUGAGUCUUGAGGGGAUCGUUCUGUGGCUGGUUAUGUUUUAAUUUAUUUACUUGGCGUUAGUUUAGUUGUUGGUUUAUUUUGGGAAGACUGGUAUGAGGGGUCUUGGGUUGUUGUUGAUGAUUUAAAGGAGUUUUCUAUAUUGCGUGGGGAUGUUGGAGGGGUAGCUGUAAUAUACUCGUCUGGGGGUGGUUUAUUAAUUAUUAGUGCGUGGGUACUAUUAUUAACGUUAUUUGUAGUAUUAGAGUUGACUCGUGGGCUUGGUCGUGGGGCUCUUCGUGCAGUUUAA